AUGCGAGCGAUUCCUCAUGUAUCAGCAGACGACUGGUUCCACCGUGAGCCCGAAACGCUGUCCGUGUUGACGACCGACGAUAACGUCACGCUGGUGCUUGCAUCGUCCGAGGGCUCGUUGGCCAACGGCGCAGUGGUCGUCACACCCAUUCACGCCCCGCUCCCCGAUGAAGAUGAUUCGAGUCUCGGCACAGCGGCGGAAGUCAUUCAGUUAGCGGCCGGCAAGGCGACUCUUGAUCACGUGCAUGAGCUUUUGGAGACGCUUCGGCAUCUGGACCAACACUUGCAGCAGAGCAACGGGAGCGAGGGCAUGUCGGCGACAAGCAGCGCCAGUGGCUCACCGGAGUCGCGGGCGACGGACGCCGCGUCGACCGACCUCGUCGAGAUGUACUGCGACCUCACGCGUCAAGUCGACUGGUUCAACCCCGGUGCCCGAGUUUUCCUCGCGGAUGCUGACCAGCAACUGCAGUCGGCCGUCGUCGUGGCGAGGUUGACGCCGACGUCGUGCACCGUUUACGUCGACGCCACCCACAACUAUGUGCGGGUGGCCGUCGCAUCCUUGGUGGUUUACCAACCGGCGAUUCUCGACCGUCCACAUACACCCUGUGAUGACGACGGCGAUGUUCAGACAAACAAGAACGCCUCGACGACGGCGGUUGAUCCCCUUUACGCCGUGACAGAACGCAUCCCGCAUGCAUCGCUAAGCUCGGUUGCUAAUCCAUCCGCGCUUGUGAUGUACGACGUCGACACGUGGGUGUUGGCAGAGCACCCGUGGACGCGGCACGUGGAGCGUUGCCGGGUUCGCGCCAUCGGGGCCGACGGUUACCGUCUUCGAUUCGCCGAUGGCACCGUGGCCAAGGAGGUGCCGGUGACGAGCCUCGCACCGGUCGUCGUAGCGUCCACGGCACCCACCGGUCGUUUUUACGUCGGUGACUACGUGUUGGCAUGCCACCCGAGCUACGAUGCGUUCGGCACGGCGCAAAUCACCAGCAUGGACUCGGCUGCAUCGUGCACGGUCGUGUUUGACGAUGGCGACGCCGUCGCGCAUGUACCCGCAAACGCGUUGCGGCACCUCCACGACGCGUCUGUGUGGAGCCGCCACCAGCGACGCUGCUUUCCUGAUGUACAACCUCCUCCCCGGUUUCAACGCCACGACACGGUCCUCGCGCGGUUCCAUGGCUCGGCAAAGUACUUUGCCGGUGUCGUCGUCACCGUUGGACCACAUGAGAUGGCGGAUAUCCGAUUUCUUGCAACCAACACCAUACGAGCAGUGCCCUUCGACCAGCUGGUGUCGACAACAAUCGUGUCGCCGCCGCCGUUCCUUCCACCUGUGAACAAACCACGAAAAAGUCUUUUGCGGGCGCUCGCCGAUGGAAUGCGCCGACCAUCGAGCAAAAAUGCCGACGAACUGCAGCUCGACCUCAGCUGUAGUCGCAAGACGUCGCUCUCGGCGCAGUUGCAGUGA